AUGUGCUUGUUCUGGAACAGAAAGUCCAUGAUAUUGGUUAUGGGUUUGCUCCUCGUGCGUCUAUUAUUCGUAACACUGACGCAAACAACUACGCCACCGACGACUCCCGCACUUGUUGAAGUUUCUCGAGGUUUACAGCAUGAGCCUCCAUACCCUUUGGGUCAUUGGGCUAGGAGCUGGGAUACGAUACGAUACGAUACGUUCAAACAGGAGCGAGCCCUUUACACAAGGACGCCCGCCACGUGA